CCAUGCAAGCGCAGCCACUUGACUGGUUUCUAGUGGAGCUGGGUGUAACGAUGACCUGCUGUGAAGGAUGGACGUCCUGCAAUGGAUUCUGCCUGCUUGUGCUACUUCUGCUGGGAGUCACUCUCAAUGCAAUACCUCUGGUUGUCAACUUAGUUGAGGAAGAGCAACCCUUUCAAAACCCCAUCUCUUGCUUUGAGAGGUGGUUCCCAGGAAUUAUAGGAGCAGGUUUGAUGGCCAUUCCAGCAACAACAAUGUCCUUGGCUGCGAGGAAAAGAGCAUGCUGCAACAACAGAACCGGAAUGUUUCUUUCAUCACUUUUCAAUGUAAUCACCAUCAUUGGGGCUGUGUACUGCACAUUGGUAUCGCUCCAGGCUCUCUCAGAAGGACCUCUCAUUUGUAACUAUCAAGGCAACAGUACUGUCACUUGUGAAUUCUCACUGAGAAAUUUAAGUAACAUUCAUCUAGAAUCCUUCAGUCUCCAGUGGUUCCGGAAUGACUCUUGUGUACCUCCUGCUAGUUCUGCAAACUCCAUCAACGGCAACAUAGCAAAUGAAUGGGGAAACCAUGGCCUGCACUUCAAUUCCAUCGAAAACAAACACAGGAUUCUCCACCUCUCAGUAUUUGUAGGUCUACUGUCUGUUGGAAUCCUUGAGCUCCUGUUUGGAGCCAGUCAGAUUGUCAUUGGCUUCCUUGGCUGUCUGUGUGGAGUCUCUAAGAGAAGAAGUCAAAUUGUGUAGAUUUAUAGUAAUACAAUGAAGUAUCAGUACUUUGAAAAAUUGGAAAAUCACAUUUAAAAUACACCAAGUCCAAUAAUGGGACAUUAUCUAGAAAACUGUCAGUCCUGUUACCUCAAAAAAGUCAUCUGAGAGAUGAUUUAAAAAAAAUCCAUCUUUCAUAUAUAAAUCAUGUUGUAAAUGCGUAACACUUCCAUAAGGAAAGGAAAAAUCAAGAGUUGACUUUGGGGAGAAGUAAACAGAAGCUUUCAAACGGUUUUGUAUCUCUGUUCUUCUAGCUCUGAGUAUUCUUGUGUGUGGAGAAAUAGAGAGGGAGGAGGGGGGUGAGGAGGAACACAAGGCAUCCCAGAGGUGAAAGCAUGGAACCUUUUCACUGCAUUUCUAUACACUUGAAAAAGUAAAUACGUGAGAUGAAUGCAAUCAAGUCUUUAGACCAAUUUCUCACUUGCGGGGGCGGGGGAGAGGAAACAGACAAGGUGGGACAGUGAAAAGAACAGCCUGUUUUCAACAACAAAAUAUUACAGGACGGUGAGUUGGGUUCACGGAAGUGUUCUGGAUUAAGAGGAGAUGUAUUUUAACACAUUAUGCAGGCCUUGUUAGGGAAAAUUGGAAACAUGUGCAAGAACUGGAUUAGAGAACAUUACAGAAUUUUUGUUAAUUUGAUUAAGUUUGAUAAUGGUUUUAUGGUCACACAGGCAGAUAUUCUUGUGUUUUUUUUUUUUUUUAAGAAAUGUAUGUAUAUAUUUUAAAAAUGUCAUGUUUUCAAAAUGCUUUGACCAAUAAAAGGAAACAACAGAAAAGUCUUCA